CGUAUCCUAUGAAGACAAUACCCAACACAACACAAGCAGCGCCCACCGUUUCGUCUUCUCUUCUGGGAAUCAAAAAAAGGGAAAUAAAUAACAGCGUCUAAUCCACGCCAACUCCACCACCCACGACCUUUCUAUAUAUAUAUAUAUAUUCACUACUCCCCAAAACCCACACGCAUCCAACGAUGCAGAGUCUGCAACACAAGGCUUCGGAAUGGAGCGGAAUCGCCCUAGACGACGCCUUCGCCAUCGACGACACCAAUCUCUUCCAAAAACUCGGCCUCCAAACCUUCGUUAACCUCUCCACCAAUUUCUACAACCGGGUGUACGGUGACGAGGAAGAGUGGUUUCGUUCGAUAUUCGCUGGCUCUCAGAAAGAAGACGCCAUUCAAAACCAAUACGAGUUCUUCGUCCAACGAAUGGGUGGUCCUCCUCUCUUUUCUCAGAGGAGAGGACAUCCUGCUCUAAUUGGUCGACAUCGACCGUUUCCGGUUACGCAUCAAGCUGCAGAGAGGUGGUUACAUCACAUGCAACAAGCAUUGGACAGUACUCCAGAUAUAGAUGAUGAUUCAAAGACCAAAAUGAUGAACUUUUUCAGGCACACUGCAUAUUUUUUGGUGGCUGGAGAUGAGCUGAAGAAUCAAAACCAACAGAUUCCAUGCAAACAUGCAGUCGGAAGGGAUGGAAGGAAUGGUUCAUGAUUUAUUAAAUUGAGUUUCAAUUUUCUUCUAUGUAUUGCUUUAGAACCUGUUUGAAUAUAAGUUUAUAAAUAUUUUUGAGAAUUUUUUUACUAGAAACACUCUUUAUUUUUGGUAAAGAAGUUCUCAAAAUUACUUUUAACUUAUAUUCAAAGAGACUCUUAAUCUAAUUGACUUCUUUACACACAUUUCAACUCUGAAACCAAGUAGCUAGCAAGACGAGGUUGAUGAUUGUAAGCUUAGAAUCGAUAAAGAAAUAGCAAAUUUGAAUUGCCUUUAAACACUCAGCAGGUCAAUU